AUGACUCCAGUCGAUGCUCAUGUACCUUCUGAAUAUGGGUCAUUUUUUACGCGUAAUGCAUUUGAUGAGAAUGUUGGCAAUGUGAUGAUCUGUAUCUCAAGUUACAAAGCCCUCUGUGAGCGAGAAUCUGCUGUUAUGCUAGCUACUACAACUACCAUUCCUGAAUUCGAGCUCCGUGAAUAUCGUCUUAUUGUGCUAUUGCAAAUGAUCUCAAUUACUACAAAGAUGCUCUGCUUUUCUCCAAUUCAUUCUCAAUCUGGAAAAGGAAAGAAGGAUCAUUUUGAUAUUCCUGCCAAAGGAUAUUCCUGUCUUCGAUGUUUCUUUCCCAGAUCACAUUACUCAUCCAUUCCUUUCGAACUUUUAUCAGGAAGUUUGAACGCCAGCUUCGAAAACAACAACUCUUACAACUCUUGGUUCAUUCAAAAUUUCAAGUCCUCGUCAAGAAACAAGCCUAAGACCUGGACUGAAGCCAAGGCCACUUUAGAAUGUAGAUUCGAUCCUGUCGAUUGUCUUGGUCUCAUCAAGAUCAAUUUCAUGUUGCACAGCAUGCGCAUGUAUACCACUGAGCAGCUGGCCCAAUAUAUGGAUCGUUUUGAUGCUUGCGUUCACGACGCCAAAGUUCAAAUGACACUUUCUUCUUCACCAUUUGCUUUCUCUCGUCGCUCCCUACCAAGGAAUUUCAAGACAAGGUCCAAGAACGUUUUGGUGCAGUACAUCCAUCAACAGCAAUCACUCGGUCCCUUAGAGAACACUCUGAAGGAAGUUCAAACCAAGUUCGCUAGUUCUAAGGUUUCCUCAUCUUCUUCGGUUGGUUCCUCAUCUUCCUUCUCCGCUUCUGUCUCUUCUUCAGGCUCUUCUUCCGGCUCCUCCUCCAGAGAUGCUGUAAGAAAAAGAUUUAACUCAUUAUAG